GUAGGUGCCUGAAAAUCUAAAAACAAACGAAUUUUGCCCUUUUUGAGCAAAUUUUGGCAAGGGAUAAUUAAAACAUCAUGUAUUUAAAAUAUACGAAAAACAACGAAAUUUUUAAAUUGGCGCUCUACGACGUCAUCGUUUAUAACCACCUUAAAGAGGAUAGAACGUUAGCGAACCUAUCCUCUUUAUGUUUAAAUAAAAUAAUGUCCAAAAGGCCAGAAACAAACGGUAACGGCAUACAAGUAAACAAGGGUGUAUUAGUGAAUAACAGUGAAGUAAAUCCGCAGGACAAUUCGUUCUUGGACGUUGUUGUAGGACCUUUAAACGCCAAACGUUGGACUUCGCUUAAAGACGCUUUUUCCUGCAAAACUAACCAGCACUUUGUCACGAAAUUAUUGGAUUUAGCACAAGAACAUCUAAGCAAAAAUGGCGUUGAACCACCCACAAUUAAAAGGCAUAACAAAUCACCCAAGAAAAAAUCAAAAAAGAGCAAAAUGGAAAUAGUAAAUGAUGCUAGCAAGAUAAACGAAAAAGAGAAAAACAAUGGAAUAUCUCAUGUUAAUAUUAAUACUGAAAUGGACAAUAAUCCCUUGAAUUUAAACUCUGAACCAAAUUCCAUAAAAUAUGAAAAUUUAGAAAGAAAUAAUGAUAUUAGACCAAUAAUUGAAAAGCAAAUUAAAAAGGAAUGUAAAAAGAAAGAACCAGAAAUACCCAUCAAGUCAGUUGAACCAAACGUAAAUAGUAAAAGCUCUGAUAGUAAAUUACAAACUUGCAUUCACUGUAAAACACACCAUGAAGAAGAGACUUGCCCUUUAAUUUACCCAAAAUACAUUAUUAGCGAUUCACUUUCUCAAAAUGAAUGGCAAAGUAAAUAUAAACAACUCUAUGAUGACCCUACAACACCCAACAUUAAAACCGAAAAAGAUGGAGAACAUCCAAAUGAAGAUAUGAAAAUAGAAAAUAGUUUUUCCAAAUUAUCACUUCCAGAUUGCUUAUAUUUGGAUGAUACAAACACAGACCAUGGUCUUGGGGUUUUUAUCAGAUACCAAAUAUCAUCUUUUACUCAAAUGGGGCCACUUAUUGGAAAUCUAAUAAAGGAAGUAGACAUUUCAGAAGACAGCAGCAUGAGAUUUAUAUGGGAAAUGAGUGCUUCAGAUACUGAAGCAAAUACUAAGCCCACUUAUUUUAAUACUGAAGAUUUAGAAGGCUCCAAUUGGAUUAGAUUUAUAAGGCCUGCUCCAAGCAGGGAGGAGAAAAAUGUUUCUGUGAUUUUUAAGGAGGAUAAGUUGUAUUUCAUUACUGUUAAUGAUUUGAAAGUAGGAGAUGAGCUGCUUUAUUGGCAGGAUAAUAGUAAUAAUAGCAAAAAGAAGCUAGAAAAAACAUCUUGUGGGGGAUGUAACAUGACAUUUAGUCACCCAAUUUAUUACAGAACUCAUUGUUCAGUUUUUCAUGAUAUUAGAUUUAGUUUAACAAUUCGGAAAUAUCAUUGCAAAAUAUGUGGAGAAGCUGUUUUGGGGAAAGAAAAUAUAAUGAAACAUGCAGCUGAAUUGCACAAUGGGCAAGGAGCAUAUCAAUGUCAAUUUUGUAAAAAGUAUUUCUUGAGACUUAAUUAUUUAGAAAUGCAUAGAACAUAUGGUUGUUCAGCAAACCCACAUAGAUCCAGACCUUUAUGCGAUUUUUGCGGGAGAAAAUUUUGCCAACCUCAAAAAUUAAAAGUGCAUAUAAAACGUAUGCAUAGUGAUUUUUCUGUUGUGCUAAAGGAAUUUCAAUGCAAAAUAUGUAUGAAAAUACUUGGAUCUCCAGUAGCUGUGCAAAGACAUUUGAAAGAAGUCCAUCAAAAGCAACUUGAUGGAACUUGUUCAUGCAGUAAAUGUGGAAAACAUUUCCAGAAUAAAUCAAAUUUAAAAAUUCAUAUGUUAACACAUAGUGGUAUCAAACCUUUUAAAUGUUCCACAGGUAAUUGUAAUGCCGCAUUUACAACAAAACAAUGCCUGCAAUUCCAUUACAAAAAAGUGCACAACUACACUGAAGAAAACAUGCCCAAAAUCGAACGCAGUAUAGACUACUCAUUUGAAGCUUAUAGUGGAUCUAGAAAACAACAGCAACAGGAGGCAGAAUACAAUAAAAAUUCAGAGGAAGAACAGAAAAAUAGUGACGUGGACAUUGACGAAGACAGUCUUGACAUCAAAAGUAUUGAUGAUCCACCUGCUUUGCAGUCACCAUUGGUCAUGGACGACCAAUCACAACCCGAAUCGUGCUCUCCUCCACACUUGGAGACAUAUAACAUCCCCCCACCAACUUCAAACCUAAAAGUAUUAACCAAAGGCUCCAAGAAGUGGAUUGCCGACGAACCAAUUCAACUAUCGAAAUCGGACUUGUACCAUUUGGACCACAAGACCAGAGAUGACGUUAACAAUAUCUCGUUGCACGACGAUUUUUACGAUAGAAAGAAAUUAAGCACUUUGAACGAUUACGGCAGAAGUCAGGAGGCGUCGAACGCCAGUUUACUGGUAGAGGCGGCCUUGGACUCGGUGUGCAGCGAGCCGAACAUCGACAUAGAUGUCGGCACCAGUCCCAACUGCGCAGACUCUUUGGUAAACAAUUUGUACACACUUGCGCCGCACGAGAAUCUCAACGAAUACAACACUAAUAUGUGCAUUAACGACUCCCGCGACAUAAAUCUAAUAUCCCCAUCAGUUAACGAUCACAUAUCGGUCACAGACGAGUUAAAUGACGAACUAAGACAAAGUCAAAAUAUCGGAAUAGAUUACUCGAACUUUCAGCAGGAGGAUUUUAGCCCUGCAAGCAGUCCAAGUGCGCAUGAGCGGUCUAGUUUCGUCAGAAACUACAUCAAUACUCUAUCCCCGCAUAAUUACAAUCACGGGAAAAUAUCGCCUGCUUCCAGUCCACCUAGGUACGAUUUUGGCCACACUGUAACAAAUGAGCAUCUUUCUUCGGACGAUAGCAACGGAAUGGCCGCUCAAAAUUUGAGCAUACACAAUUCCAAAAACGGGUUGCAGUUGGACUUAUCCAUCUAUAAGUCGCCGUACAAAUUUGAAUCCCAAGAUUACCUAAGAAAGGAGCUGAGGAUGAAGUUUGACACCGAAAUAAGCAGAAAAAUACAAAUGCAAAAUAUCGAUAACGUCUCCAAAAUAUAUAACGCUUUAGAUUCAGAUGACGUCGAGAAUAUGACCCAACACGAACUCGCAAAUAACAUGCAAGAAUUGGAGGAAAACGUUAAAAAUUCGGAUAACCACGAUAGAUCUAAAUAUACCGAUGAGUUACCCAGCGAUAUUAGAGGCAAAUUCGACCUGGAUUUGGAGAUGAGGCUUAAGCAAUACGAGGGUAUAGACAGCGAAAUACUUAGGCAAAGAAAUAGUACUUAUGAGAGCACACCCUCGGAGGUAGACUUUAGAAGCAAAAAUUACGAUUUAAUAGACAGCAUGGAACUUAGAAACAAAUCCUACGAUAACAUAGACAACGAGUUUAGAACGGAGAGAAAUUUUGAGCCGCUAUUGUUGAACUCCACCGAACUGCAAGGAUUAGACAUGUCGGCAAGAAGUUUCCAUAACUACUCCAACAUAAAUCGGUAUCAUCACUUAUAUCCCGAGGUGGAUAGAGUCGAUUUAAGACUAAAUUAUAGCCCACCCCCUCCUUCGUACACCCACGCGGACAUCCUAAGAGUUGUUUCGCUAGAUUUAACUCCUCCAGGUAGACACAGCGUGGAUCUGAGCUUGCGCAGUCACCCACUGCACACCAGAGGUCUGUUAGGCGAACCAAAUCCUCACCGACUAAUCGACCAGGGCCGCAUUCUACCCUCGGAAUUAUCCUCGACUCGAUUAUUAAGCGAUUCCGGUCCCAGGAUUCUGUCCGACCACACCACAAACCGGAUUCUUUCCAGCAACGAACAACUUUCAUCGAACCACCUUAUUAAUACCGAAAGCAACAGGUUGCUUUCAGACGAGUCCAGAAUUUUGACAGAUCAACCCAGGCUUUUAGAGCAAUCAAGGUUGCUGGGUGAAAGUAGAAUUUUACAACCAUCAGCGUCAAACGAUACUGUGUCUCCUGUGCCGGGGUUUUCUGGUUAUUCCGUGUCUCAAGGCCCUUAUCAUCCCACACCUAUUCCAGCAAGGCCACAUGUUAAUUCCCCCACGCCAACACCCUACCAUCCUUAUCCUUCAUAUUAUUAAUUGUUAUUUAUUUGUAAAUAUCUAGUCAUUAAACAG